UGCGUGCCUCUGAGUGUGUGUGUGUGUGUGUGAGGGGGAGCAGAAGCCCGGGCUCUGUGAGGAGGGAAAGGUGCCCGCGUCGUGGCGGCGGCGUGGCAGGCCCGCGAGGGGGCAGCGGCGGUUGGAGCACUGUCCCUCCGGCCCGGCAGCCGCCCCGGCCCGGCUGGCUGGGGGCAGGGAGCGCCGAUUGCUUGCAGCCACGGGCACAGGAACGAGAGUAGGGAAGCGUGGCUUGGUGGUAGCCCGGUGUGGCCGUGCGGUGAGGGGGAAGCAGCGGAGGCCUGCGCGGCGUCAGAGGCGGCCUGGCCGUCAUUCUUGCCCGCCGCUUCGGAGAGAGCCGUGUCCCGCUGCAGUUGGUGGGCCAGCUCGGAGGCCUAAGCACGAGCACAGCUGGAACAUGCCCAAGAGAAAAAAGAGUUGUGCUGAAAAGGAAAAAGUUGGGGCACAGUGCAAACAUACAAAGGUGGAAGUAGCUUGUCACACGUCAGUCCUGAGUUUUGAUGACCCAGAGAGCCUCUUCAGAAGCUUGAUCUCUCCCACCACACCAGAGGUGUUUUUCAGGGAGUACUGGGAGCAAAAGCCACUGCUCAUUCAGAGAAAUGAUCCCGUGCUGGCUGCUUACUACCAGUCCCUGUUCCAGUUGUCAGAUUUGGAGGAACUGUGCGGACAAGGUCUCUACUAUGGACAUGAUAUACAUACCUGCAGAAGUGUGAAAGGAAAAAAGAAGAUUUUAAAUAAAGAUGGCAAAGUGAAUUACGUGCAGCUGAAGAGGGAUUUCGAGCACAAAAAGGCAACAAUACAGUUUCUUCAGCCUCAGAGAUUUAAGGAGGAGCUGUGGAAGAUUCAGGAGAAGCUGGAGUGCUACUUUGGGUCUCUGGUUGGGUCGAAUGUUUACAUUACCCCUCAGGGCUCUCAGGGCCUUCCCCCUCACUAUGAUGAUGUUGAGGUGUUUAUCCUUCAGCUAGAAGGCCAGAAACAUUGGCGUCUCUAUAAACCAACAAUGCAUUUAGCUCAGGAAUAUAACGUUGAACCAGAAGAUAAGAUUGGGGAUCCUACACAUGAAUUCAUAUUAAAGCCAGGUGACUUGCUGUACUUCCCCAGAGGAACUAUUCAUCAAGCAGACACGCCUCAUGAGUUCUCCCAUUCUACACACCUGACCAUCAGUACCUACCAAACCUACUCUUGGGGACAUUUCUUAAUGGACGCAAUGCCUGGCCUUGUGUGUGAUACAGCAAAAGAAGACGUAUUGCUGCGGACAAGCAUACCAAGGCAACUGCUUAUGCAGGUAGAUCUAUCUGACUCGACCAAAAACCUGAGCAGCCUUUUGCGACGGGUUGCAGACCACGUGGAAAACAGCAGAGACCUGAGACCGUGUAACAUGAAGAAGGAUUUCAUUAUGAACCGCUUGCCACCUUGCUUGGGACCUGACUCUCGUCCUUUGGCUCCAGGUGGGGAAUUGCCAAAACUAGGUAGCAAAAUCCGACUGCUCUUUAAAGAUCACGUUGUCUUCACAGUGGAACCAGAUCAAGAUUGUUCUAAUGGAAAUUGCAGAGAGAUGGUUUAUGUGUAUCAUUCUUUAAAGAACAAAAGAGAAACUCACAUGAUGGGGAAAGAAGAUACACCCGAGGAAGGCAAAUCACAGCAGAUCCAUGGACUGCGGUUCCCUCUGUCGUACUUGGAUGCACUGAAGCAGAUUUGGAAGAGUGGCACUGUUAAUGUUAAAGAGCUUAACCUUGGCUCAGACGAAGAGAAGGAAAACCUUGCCUUGUCGCUGUGGACUGAGUGUCUCAUUGAAGUUAUUUGAUGCUUUGUGAAUGAGCUGUUCCAAGUAGUAGUGUAAGUAAGUAGUAGGUCUGGCCAUUGCGUGUCUCUUGAAGGUUUUAUUAAAUGACUUUUUUAUCCA